AUGUCUUCAUCACGUUUGAGAAGGAUCAAAAACGAUCUUACAGAGGUACAACAAAAUGCUUCUCUUCCUCCUUUAUUAACAUUUACACAGACUGAAAAUUCUAGUAUCAUUCUCUUUAGUUUUAACUUGGACGAAACAUCAAGUCUUUAUGCAGGUGCCAAUUUUCAGAUUGAAGUUUCAUUCCCAGAAAAUUAUCCCCACAAACCUCCUUCUUUCACAUUCAAACACACCGUUCCAUAUCAUUUCCUUGUUGAUCAAAUUAAUGGAAAGGUAAUUGGCCUCUCAAAACUUUCGACAUGGUCAAUGCUAUUCACUUUACAAUCAAUAUUUUCUGAUCUCUACUCAAAAUUUGUAAAUGAACCAAGUCAAGAAGAUGCUGAACAAUGUGGUGUUAAUGAGGAUAUGAUUACAGAAUAUAGAAACACUCCACAAAUCUACAGAGAAAAAGCAAGAAACUCUGUCAGAAAGUUGCAAUUAACUGUAAUUGAAAAUCCUCUUGAUUCAAAUGAAAUGAAGGAUGAAGAAUCUACUGAAUCGAAUGAAACGAUUCAUGAAGUAGUAGUUGAUGAAAAUAACUUGCAGCCAAGUAAUCCAAUUUUGGAACAACCACUUGAUUCAAGAUUUGUUAAUUCCAGUAAUCACCACAAAAUUGUUUCUCAUGAAGAUGAAUGGAAUUAUGAAUACGGCUUGUAUCAUUUAAAUAUGAGAUAUGGAAAUUACAAUCAAUAA